UGGCUUAGCAGAGAGACAGAGCUAAACCAAAUUCUUCUCACUGAUCUAGAGCUUGGGCGGCGUUGGCUUGUGGGUAUGGGGAGGGGAGCUUCAGCCUACAAAAACAUUGAGAUACAAUACUGCACAGCAACAAGUCAACACAUUCUGCAGUCAUUGGAGAUUAGCACUGUCACACAGGCACGGGUCAGUAGAGAUUACUCUCCAGGAGGUAAACAAUGGGACAUUGGCAUCACCUCCAUGUUUGCUGAUGCUGUUGGUCUGGCACCUUUCAAGGACACGUUCUGGACAACAGAAAUUCAACCUGGUAGUCCUUACAAAGACAAAACUGAAAAGCAGACAAUGUUGAAUAGUCUUAUAGCCACUCUUAGCACUGGGCCAGUUGCUAUUGGAGAUGGUAUUGGCUUGGUAAAUAAAACUCUACUGAUGAGGUGUUGUGAUUCUAGUGGCAAAAUUUUACAGCCAAGCAAGCCAUUAACAGCAGUUGAUGAUCAAAUUAAAAAGAGUGCCUUCCCUUCCUAUCCUGGUCCAGAAGGAGAGGUCUAUACAACAUAUAGCAAUAUUUCUGGUUUCCUGUUUGGUAUAGUCCUGGCUGCGGAGAUGAUCAACCAGUACUCACUCACACCAUCUAACGGCUGGACUUUAGCACAGCUACCACAGAAUGUUAUCUAUUCAGGCACCAGCCCAACCCCAGCUCCGCAAACAUUUUCUGAUGACAACCCUCUAAAGUUAGGUCCUGAAUGUUCGGCUGUGAAUUUCUGCCUGUACUACACUUCCCCAGUUCUACAGCUUUCUUCAAGUUCAAAGGUCAUCCUGUUGGGUGAAGAAAACAAGUGGGUUCCGCUGUCCAGCAAAAGAUUUUUAGGGAUAAAUCAAAGCAGCGAGGACAUCAUAGUCAGUGUGUAUGUAAACCCAGAGGAAACUGUGUACUUCAGGUACCUGCAGGACAGUGGGCCCGUCCUGACUGUUGUUUGUGACAACAGCAAAAGUUCCACACCAGCAACACACAGCUUUAUAAGUCUGGCUGAGAAAAAAUGUUACCUUCAAUAGUUGCUUUAAUACAAACACACACAGCUUUAUAAAUCUUGCUGAGAAAAAAUGUUACCUUCAAUAGUUGCUUCAAUACAAACACACACAGCUUUAUAAGUCUUGCUGAGAAAAAAUGUUACCUUCAAUAGUUGCUUCAAUACAAACACACACAGCUUUAUAAGUCUUGUUGAGAAAAAAUGUUACCUUCAAUAGUGGCUUCAAUACAAACACACACAGCUUUAUAAGUCUUGUUGAGAAAAAAUGUUACCUUCAAUAGUUGCUUCAAUACAGCCUUCAUUCUUUAUUUAGUAAAACUUUUACAAAAUUUAACAAUGUGCCUUUGAUUUUGUGUUUUUCUUAAACAUU